ACUAUGAGGUAACAUUCUAGAAGGGUGGAGAAGGUAGGACAAGAGGCAGACUGUUCCCUCACAAACAGGAGCUUUGGGGCAGCCAUGUCCUAUUUCGUGUCUCCACAAACUCAUCCAGCUCUUCUGCCUUCUGGCCAAGGUGGGGCUGCUUCUCCGGGCUCAUCCCUGGGCCUCUAUAGUCCUGUAGAGCCAGUGGUGGUGACCUCUGGUGGACAAGGCCCACUGAGCCAGAAAGCUGAGCAGGUGGUACCUGCUGCCCCAGCCUGGGGCCCAGCCCUGGCAGUGCUGGAAGCCAGAGGCUGCCCUGGGGGGGCUAGCUGGGAGACACUGCAGCAGAAGGAAUACGGCCGAUACUGCCACAAAUUUCCCCACGCGAGGCAGCCGGAGAGCUUGGGCUGGGAGGAUGGCAGGUCCAGGGGCAGAGCUCCCCGCCUGGCUGACCCCAGCAGGCCUGGGCCCCUUCUGCUAUGUGGGCUGCCGCCAGGUGCUCUGCCAAUGCCCUCUGAGGCAGGGGGGAAGGAGGCCAGCUCCCAGCCUGACAUCUGCAUCCUUACCCUGGCCAUGAUGAUCGCUGGCAUCCCCACUGUGCCUGUCCCAGGCCUCCGGGAAGAGGACCUGAUCCGGGCGGCUCAAGCUUUCAUGAUGGCCCAUCCGGAACCCGAAGGGCCUGUGGAGGGGGUGCGGUGGGAGCAGUCGCACACCCACACAGCCCCUGGGCCGAUGGCCCUAGUGAGAUCCAGGAGGGGCCAGCCUCCUGGCGCCUGCUUGUAGCUGGAUGAAAUAGCACCAGACACACAGGGUGGCUUCUCUGU